AACUUUCGUCGUGUUUUAUAUCUUCGCAAAUAAAUUGUCGUAGUAAAUUUUUGUGUUUUUUCUUUGUUGCUCUCUUACGGGUCACGAGCUUGAUUGUAACCUUUCUCCAUCAAUUUUCCAAAUAUUUGUAAUGAUGAUUUGCUCUGCAGUGUUAUUGAUUCAUUUCUUUUGUUAUUUUGGUACACGAAGGGGAUUUCUCCCGUCCAGCGCCUGCAUGUUUCCCACCUCCUCUUUUUAUGUUCCUUUGGAUACUGUGUUUAGCCAAAUAUGAUAAAAUAAUGUUUUAGGAUGCAUAAAAGUUUGCUGAGUCAGAAAGAGGUUUUCAGAAAAAAAAUAGAGGAUCGAUUGAAAAACUAGGCAAGAUUAAAGUGGAUUUCUGGAUUAUCUGAUGUGUACAUUUGAUUUUGAGUUGAGGUAAAUCUUUUUCAAACUGGGAAAAGUAGUGUCCAGGUCAGUGUGGCCCAAUAGGCGACUGUGUCUCUUUACAUGUAAUUGCUCUUUUUACCAGCAGCAUCGGGUUAUCUGUAAUAUUUAGAACUUGUGAGACCGAUCUGCCUCGGUUAGUUUGGCUAGUGGCAGGUCAGCCAGGAUUUAUUGUAAAAAUUAAUACUUUGUCAUAUAACAAAUAAAUUAUCAUGUCCAAACUCCGUGCCUCACAUACAUGCUACAUCUGCAAAAAAUGAACUCCCACAAAAAAUUUGUGCCACACGGUACGGUAAGUUUUAGCCUAUCUUCCAGAGCUGUUCUCUUGUCCCUUCCAAGAAAGUUUCCUUAGGUACAGUUGUAUUCCGGAUUCCGAAUUUCACUAUUCCAGACUCGUCGCUGUAUACGUAGCUUACUGACCUUACUAACAAUUCCUCGACUUGCAUUCAAUGUCGAGAUCAAUUCCUUACAAUACAUGCUAAAAGAAGUUAAAAUAGAUCUUACCCUAAUUGUCUUGAAACCGUCAGUUAAGAACUGGCGCUCCUUUUCCUCUUUCUAGACGCUUCUUUGGUCGAAAACUUUUCACACAGCUCGUCUACAGCUUAACAGUAAGUCGGUUGACGUCCUCUUCUUUCUCCGUUCUCUCGGCCACUUGCGCCCUCAAAACCUUGCUUCCCUUAAUCGUGGCUUGUAAUAACGAGAAGUAACGGUCCGAAAGAGAGAUUUCUUGGCCAAGAUCGACCGCGGACGUGGCAGCAAAACAACAAAAACUCGAAAUUCCCGCCGCCUUUUUCGAAAUGUGACAAAAUUUUAUCACACGAAAGAAACGAGGACUUUGGGGUCAUGUGAUCUUGUUUUUUUGUGUCACUCAUGAUGUCAAGGCUAUCGAGCCCGGUUACUAGGGAAACAGAAAUGGUCUGUUGCAUUGCGUUUUCUCUAGGAUCUUUAAUUUAGCUUCGCGGCUACUCGCGGCAGAAAUAAGAGAAAGCCUCUGCAUGCAUUUUGCAUGCCUUGAGUUUGUUUCAAAAACAACGACGAUUACUCUUAUCGUAUUCAGAAUUUGCUGAACUGAGAUUACUGAGAAUUCCGUUGUAAUAUUCACAGACACCGGUUUCUUGCCAAAGUUGUUGCUGGUAAUUAAGAUAAUCAAAAUAAACCUGAGGGAAUUCUUGGCAGGAAAUGUUUAGACCCAAAUAAAACACGGCGGUCAACGGCCUGUUUACACGUUGCUGCUAACGAUGGUAACAUGAGUUGAAAAACCGGUCAGUGUAACAUGCAGACUGCGGACCAGGAGUAAACUGCAGACUGAGUGUACAUUGCAGACUGCAGACUGCAGACUGAGAGUAAAACGCAGGCUGGGUGCGAAAUGCAGAAUAAAGACUGUAGACUUUUUUAAACGUUUGUGCUCCUUCUUCUCCAUAUCGGUGAAAUAGCUAGCCGGUGACACACUUCGCUUCCUAGUCGAAGUGCAUUGCACAUUCGCCAGAAGUUUCAAUGAACAUCCGAACAGCUUAAGUCUGUGUACCUUGAUUUGUAAUACUUUCAUAGAAGGUCAUCCAAAUUUCCUGCAGAACAUCUUUCGUUGUUGUUGGAACGAUUUACUUCCUUUUUAUCGCCAUAAUUCUUCCUGUACAGUAUUUUGGGUCAGCAGCUUUCAUUUAAGGUCCCUGGUCACGUAUGUCGAAAACUUCGCGUCUAAAGUUGAAGCGUGAGGUCUCUCGGACGGAAAAAAAAGUUCAAGAUUGCGAUUAUGUUUUUGGGUCGAGGACGACGUUCUAGAGAAGAAAGUCCUGAAUGGAUUUGUGAAAGCAGAUGUCGUCAAGUAAGAGUUCGUUUACAUGUAUUUGAGGGAGUUUUUGGCCCUUGAACCCUUCCACGACUACAGUUUAUGCUCGGUCUGCAUCUUACCCCAGCCUGCGUUUUACUCUCAGUCUCCAGUCUGCAUUUUACGCACAGUCUGCAUUUUACCCCUGGUCCGCAGUCUGCAGUCCGCAGUCCGCAGUCUGCGUUUUACACUGACCGGUUGAAAAACGCACUAUUGAAUCGCGUUUGCCAGGUGCUAGAAAACGUGAAGUGAAAGGCAUGUUUUCCUGGUGUUACUGCCGGUAAUUGUUGAGUUUUCCCGGGAGUUUUCCUUGUGUUACCCGAAGUCGGAAAAGGAUUUAGGAAGUGAGUAUUUUCACGACAUUAACCGUUUGGAAAAGUUUCCGGUUAACGAGAGAAAACGAGCUGUUCAACCCCGUUUCCCAUGUGCUGGAUAAUAUGACAUGAACAGCAUAUUUUCCCACUGUUAAGUCGUGACGGUGAAUGCCAAGUUGUCCUUGUCUUUUGCGCGAAGUUGGAAAACGAGUCACGAACGUGAUAUUUUCCUUACAUUAACCGUUUGGUAAAAUGUCCGGUUAACGAGAGAAAGCGCACUGUUCAGCCACGUUUUCCGUGUGCUGGAAAACGUGAAGUAAACAGCAUAUUUUCCUGGUGUUAACGGAUUGUGAACGCCGAGUUUUCCUUGUGAAUUCCGAAAUGAGAAAACGGAUCGUGAACGUGGCAUUUUCAAUACUUUAACCGUUUGGUAAAAUCACCAGAAAACAGGAGAUUUUUUGCUGUGUUUAUUUUAGCAGGAGAAGAUCCUGUGUCACGGGGAUGUCGUCAUGUAAAGCUUUUUGUUAAUCUUAAUUUUCAGAGUUGCACUGAUUUCAUACAUAGAGAAUACUUCAUGGAAAGUGCUGGCGUACGGUAUUUACGCACGAGUUGUUGACGUAUCAGAAAUCGAACGAGUGAGCGCGGCGAACGAGUAAGAUUUCUGAUACAAAAACAACGAGUGCGUGAAUACCGUACAAAGCACUUUCCAUGUGGUAUUGUGUUUAUUAUAUACAUACUGAGACAUUCAUCAUUUUGGCGGCCUUUUUAUUUCAAAUCUUUCAAAAAUGCUAAAAUUUUCCGCCACACACUUACCGCAAAAUGACAACGAAAACGAAGUAUGAGCUUUUUAGUAAAAACGUUUGUUAAAAACAUAAAUGACGGUGAGGAUAUGAGGUAAUCUAAGAAGUAUAAGUAAUCUUAACUGUUUGCUCUCAAUGCACAAUUGAAAAUGAGUGAAUUUAAGUAAAAUGGCCGGUUUCAAUAUAAGCUUAAGCUUAAAUGAAAGGCAAAGUAGCUCCGACAAAAAGCACAACAAAAGCUUACGUCUCGUUCUGUUUAUCCCUUUCCGCUGUUGUUUCGCCGGCUCUUUACCAUUUUCUUUAUCGACAGUGAAACAAACGAAACAAUUCCACUCCAUUUCCCAAAUGUUUUUCACUUUCUUAGCGAGAAAAACUCUUUGAGUAAAACUUUUCUCGUUGAAUGUGUGCGAAGCAGCGCUGCAAGCUGCAAUAAAAGGCGGGAAUUUUGGCACGAAAAUCACACACCUCUGUGGCCUCUGAUUGGACGUAUCAUUUUUCUCACACGUGAAAAAACAUCGUUCGCGAUUCUGAUUGGACGUAUCAAUUUUUUCACGUGUGAAAACCAUCGUUCGCUCCUCUGAUUGGCUAGAACUAGUUUGCGUACGAAAAUUUACAACAUAGCUUUUUGGUGAGUAUUUCUCAAAAUCAUAUUGUUCUGUACACAAUUUACGGCUCCGAUUUGCAAUAUGAAAAAUUCUUUCUUGUUCGUUCUUUCUGCGUUUCCUGAUUUUGUGUUCUAGCUUCUCAGUGCUCUUGAGGAUCUUGAGCUUGUGUCUGCCCAAAAUGGCUCAGUCAACUUCCGAACCCCUCCCCCUCUGGACAUUUGUUGAGCAUAACACUGCCGGGCUAUGUAUUAUCUCCCUUAAGGAAAAAUCGGUGAAGAGGCCAUAGACAUCGGAGGUGGGGAGGGCGAGUCUCUAUAAAAGCUUUCCGAAUAUUUUUUUAUGGAGAGAUAUUGUCAGUGUAUGCAAAGAUUGGCAUGGAAAGGUUUAUAUAGUUAUUAUAACGUGACACUUUGGGUCGCCCACAUUGUGGUAGAUGUUUAUGAAGCACUAUGCUGCUGUUGGCUUCAUUCAGCAGAUCAUUUGCGAAGGAAAUACUGUACAUGUUUCGUUCAUAUAAACAGGCCUCUCAGGGUCUGCACUAAUUCUAGGAUCCACCGUUGGUAUUUAUACUUCGAAUAAGCGUGUUAUAGACUACGAGUAGUCCCCCAUUUUUCCUCAGCGAUAGUAGAGCGAGCGGAACGCGAGCGGGCGUGAAAAUCACCCCAGGCGAGAAAAGGCGACACGCGGCGGGGAGAGAGAAAAAUGAUGUUUUCUCUCUCCCCGCCGCGUGUCGCCUUUUCUCGUGUGGGGUGAUUUUCACGCGCGCUCGCGUUUCGCUCGCUCUACUAUCCCUGAGGAAAAAUGGGGGACUACUCGUAGUCUAGCGUAUUACGGGGUUUUGAUACAGUUUUUCGGAGACCAUACCGAUGUUUUUCAAUCGCCUUAAAAUUUUAACCAGUGAUUGACGAUGAAUUAAUAUUACAGUUUGGCAAAAUACAGUUUUUAGUAAAAUCGAUAUCAAUAUGACAAAAGUAAACAAAAAACUUUGAAAUCGAUUAAAUCCGAAUUUUGCGCGAUCUAGACCUGCUACUGAAAAUCCGACACCUGAGGAACUUAAAGUGUGGUGUUAAGCGAAUAACCUCCGUGAAAAGUAAACAAAUUCUUUAUGUUUGAAUUUAAAUAAAACGCAAAUAUAUUUCAAACCUUACAUUUUCAAUAGCCGUGAUAAAAUUUUAAUAAAAAAGUUCUAAAUAACUCACGUUAAUCUUAAAAAGCGCUAAAAUUCAAAAUUUAGAACAAAGUUGCACUUAAAAAGGUGGUGAGAAAACAGGUUUUUUUUCAGGAUCGCAAGAAAGAGAAUACACCAAAAUUUCCUAGCAUCAAAAUAUGAUGUUAAGCAGCUUUCUGACGUUACUUAAGAUUAAUUUGAGUUAUUUAGAACUUUUUUAUUAAACAUUUUAUUUCGCUCGAUUAUGAUAUCACUUGAAAAAAGCGUCUCGACUCGACAAUUUCCGAUAAACAAAGUAGUAAAGUUCGGACCAUGCUGAGAAGCGCCCUACUUGGUCACGUAUUGACAGCUGAUGUUAUCGGAUUAGUUCAGAAAAUGGUGGGUGGAAUACAGAAACACCGGCUCUUAUAGCAGGCGCUCCCUUCCCUUCCCCCUCUUUUGCGCUUUUCUCCCUCCCCCUUCCCCCUCCCCUUUUUGCGCCUGCCGCGCUGGCUAGUUAUACUGAAUUCGUCGAAUACGCGCUCCAUCGGACUCAUCGGGGCCGCUCCUUCCCACAUGUGGCGCUUAUUCGGAUUAAAACGGUAUUUUAGUUAUUAAAACUAAAUUUUUCUUUUCCUCCUGUUUUCAUAAUCUGCUCAUUCAAUUUCUAUUUUGGACUUUCAAAGGCCUUAAACACCUAAUGGUCCUGCAAAAUGGGUUGAACAAGCCCACUGUAGUUUAUACUUUCUUUCGUACUUAUGGGAUUAAAGUCUUUUUAUUCUUCAUCUUCACGUUAAGGACAGAACCUCCACAAAGAACAUGUCUGCGGGCGAACCUUAGAAGAUAGUGAUGACUACAAGACCAAUAUGCAUUACACUCUUGGCAAGCGAAUGGGCAUCUUCCAAAGGCGGUCUAUCAACCAUGAACAGGGAGCUAGCCAUACAGUUGGCCAAGCUUUCCAAUACCUCGGUCAGUUUCUUUGUUCCAAAAUGUUCUGACGAAAACAAGAGAGAGGCUAGCAAUUACAAGGUAAACAUAGUAACGGCAGAAGAGCGACCUGGAUUUGCCCCCAUUGAUUGGUUGACAUUUCCACCGGAAAAUCUCGACAUUGAUUUUGUUGUUGGACAUGGUGUAAUACUUGGAAAACAAGCACAGAUAAUACGGAAUUCUCACCAAUGUAAAUGGGUACAAGUGGUGCACACCGCGCCUGAUGAACUUGCAGUGUACAAGGAAUAUUCUGGGGCCAUUUCCAAAGGUGACGAAAAACAAUCGGCUGAGCUAAAACUGUGUAAAAUGGCUGAUCUUGUCGUAGCAAUUGGACCAAAAUUAACGGAAUUUUACGCAGCCCUCCUCAACUUUUGCGGAAAAAAAGUUUAUAAUUUCACUCCAGGCAUAUUUAAUGAAUUUGCAUCGUUAAAUGUAUCCUCAAUGAAGGGGAAGAGGUUUCGAAUUCUAGUAUUUGGCCGAGGUGACACGGAAGAUUUCAAACUUAAAGGAUACGACAUCGCUGCUAAAGCAGUCGCCAAGCUGGUCGAUAAGACUUACCAUCUCACUUUUGCGGGCGCAUCCAAAGGGAGUGAAUCCGAUGUGACUAAAGAAUUGCUUAAGUAUGACUUGUUGCAAAGUCAGCUCAUUGUUAAAGGAUAUCUUGAAAACCGCGAAGAUCUGUUAACACUCUUAUGUGCUUCGAAUCUUGUCAUCAUUCCUUCUCGAACAGAGGGUUUCGGCUUGACAGCUUUGGAAGCGUUGUCGGCUGGAAUACCAUUUCUUGUCAGUCAAAACAGUGGAUUUGGAGAAGCUCUUCAAGAGAUACCUCGUGGAUCAGCUUUCAUCGUGGAUUCUGAAGAUCCAGAGGACUGGGCUGAGGCCAUUGAAGCUACACGACAGAAAGGCAGUGACACAGCAUUUCAGGAGUGUCAAGAAUUGCGUGCACUUUACGCAGAGAAGUACAAAUGGGAGAAACAAAGUGAGGAACUCCUCAGAACCAUGAAACUUUUGAUCAACGGUGAGUGUUGUAUAUUGGAUGACGUCCAGGGUUUUUUAGAAGCGCAAAUUUUUAAGUUUCUGUAUAUAAGCGUAACCGUUAUGUUGAAUUCUUAAGUCGAGUAUUCAAAUAACGCUCUCAGAUACCCAAGCGUUGCUUUUUCUGCACUUUUCUUUCUCACUAAGUUAGGUACUGGCCACGGCAAUACAAAAAUAAAGAAACAUAUUUCCCACGCCCAAAUAAUAAGCCUACCUUGCAUUGCAGGCUAAAUGCACAAGGGUUGCAACCCUCGUUGUUCUUUUCAUUGCUGUACGUCUUUCCGAUGAUACUAUAAACGUCUGGAAGUGAGACGUUCUGCAUCGAUGGUUUUGCUUUUAAUCUUCUCGAAGGUGCUGAGUUUUUUAACUAUUCUUUACUGGGACAAAAUCUUAGUGAAAGAAUAAUAACAGUUUUUCCCGGUUGUAGAGAAGCAGGAUACACCCGCCUUACAUGGCAAAAGUUUCCAGCAACACUACGGUCUUCAAUACUAACACUCUCCCUCCAAAAAGAACAGUGAUUCCCAUCAGAGAGCGUAAUCUAUUAUCCUCUCUUGUCCCAGUUAUUGGGCGGGAGUCAUUUCUCGAAAGUAUGUUGAAGAAAGUUAAAUGACCAUUUUCAGACAACCGCGCUGUUCUUAUGCCGCUAUGCUAAGUUUCCUAUUAUGAAACUGUUAGAGAGGUAGCUUAGAGCAUAUACUGGAUAUUUCUUAACCAGCAACAUGCGAAAUUUUACUUCUGCAGAAGAUAAUCCAGGCAAAACGAGACAGACGUCCACUGAAUAUCAGCUAUCAAAAAAAAACUUUCGGCAAAACGUUUCAACCCCAACACCCAAAACGGAAGCAGAAUCCUCAAACCCAACGAAGCCAGAGCUGCACACCUCCUUACUAAAAAUACCCGACAGGAAGAAAAGCGAUGAGAGACCCAGCGAGGGGAUACCUGAGGAAAGAACGGCGGCUCAAAUCAGACCAACCAGCCAAGGAGCCAGGCCUAAACAACGGAACUCAACAGCCACAGAAUCAGCUCAUGAAGUGACAGUAGUUCAGGGUGGGUAGGUCCUUUUAAACCAUGUCAGUAGUCUGUCUUUUUUUUAGUCAGCAGUUUGCUGAAUUAUGCUAUUCAAGUCCGGUCAAAGUUUUCAACACAAAGUUGGUGUGUUCAGCUUAGAAGAGUCUUCUUUCAGGCAAAAUCCACGUCAAGGAAUGAUAACAGCAGAAAAUUGAACACACCCAUUUUACCUAAGAUUCUCUUUUUUAGGUGUUUACAUCACUGAUAGCAAAGAAGCCGUUAUUGCCCAGUUAUAUGACCAAAAGUUUUAAAAACAAUUCUGUUUUCAAUUCGCUCACCUAGGAAACAAUAGCGGCCAGUUCCCAGGAUUGUUUUCUUUUCAAUUCUGAAGUGGACAGGUUAUUCUCUAGCGGAUUACCUUUUUUAUAAAAUGUCAACGUGAAAACUGAUGUAGGGAGCGAACGUCCUUAAUGGCUAUAAAAUGGUUAAAAUUUAAGAUGUUACUUUUCUUUGCUUGAUUUUGCCGCUUAGUUAUCCCCUCCUUCUUUUACUAUUAUCUGUAUGAUACCCUGCAGUCAUGCACGUAAAUUGUUCAAAAACUCUUGUGAAAUCGUCUCAAAUUGAAGUUGUAUGAUUUUCUAUUAAACUCUGAUCUUUACGGCCUUGAGAACUCUAGGACGGCUGCAGCGAAAUUUACAGGUUGAACGCUCUUAUUAUUCCGAAUGCGCGCCAAAAAAAGGCUUCUGCUUGUUCACUAAAUUUAGGAUAAGCACGAAAAUAAGUUGAAUUUGUUAGGUAGAUGCUGUCGUAUGGAAAGCCAGUGUAAGACUUAGCCACAAUUGUUCUUGGAAAGUCACAGUGAAUAUUGCAAAUUUUUAAAGAAAACAACAGAGUCAGUAGUCUUGAUUCUAACUGUGGGCCAUCCUGGAACUAACAAAUAAAUAAGGUGUAAUUGUGCAUGAAAUUCGCACAGUGGUUUGUUGUCGAUAUGUUUUUUUUUAUCUUUGAUUGAUUUGUUUUGUCACUUUACAGGCUACAUAUAUUUGAAAAAUAUAGAAAAAGAUAGUGACGGGGAACUGAACUGGAAGCCUGGGGCUUACAUGGUAAUGCAUCAAAAGUAUGAUUGUUUGUUUCCUUUUUAUUUUCAGCGCCUGCAGACCUGGCAAUAAUUGGUUGUAGCGUAUCAGAGGGAUCCAUAGCGCAAUUACAAGCAAUUGAAAGUAUUGGUCAUGCACACCCUCUAGUUAAAAACUUCUCAACUGCCAAACAAGCUAAGCUUUACUUAGAGAGGCACUCGCUCCAAUAUUGUGUGUUGGUAGUCGAUGGGGAAACAGUAAAACACGCUUAUGAGAAUCUACCUACUCGAAAAGUCGAAUAUGAAGACCUUUUCAAGACGGCAGUGGAGAGAGUUGGUAAGUUUUGUUCUCCUUUAUGUACAAGUCAGUAUAUAAGGUAGAUGUGUUUGAGUUUGGAGAAGGCCAUCUUAAAAUAGCUCCUUUUAAACGAGGACAGCGAUUUUGAGGUUCGUAGGUUCUACUCGGUUUGCAGCCCGGCUGGAAAGCUAACGUAUGUUUUCCCGAUUACGUGUUAACCCUAAUUAGUAAACGGGAAAACUACCUUGUGUAAAUUUCAAGAGGUGUUCGAAGGGGCUACGGUCGAUCGGAUCUAAUGGUAACCUAUCACAAUGAUCCUAAGGCGCAUGCAAAGAUGGCGGGUACCGUGAACAAGAUCUGUUCUGAUUGACAACCAACUUUCUCGGAAUUUUAUAGUUCUCUUCCUGCAGUCCGAUUGGUCAACUUUAGUGUCGAGGUGGCCCCGGUUACAGAAGUCGCAUUGUGAACAGUCGCUGUUCAAGUAUCACUGACUUGCUAGUACCUUUCAAGAGAGCACAUAAGAUAAAUACAUCCACAAUAACUGGUUGAAACUCCGAAAGGUUAACCAAUGCCUUUUACAGAUUAGGGUUACGCACUGCCUCUACUAAGUAGGGUUAAGCACUGUCUUUGCUGGUUAGGGUUAAACACUGUUUCGAAACUGGUUAGGUUCUUUUUUGGGGGUUGGGCUUGAUGCUAUAUGUACUUACAUUAUUUCGCCUCCAUCUAGCAGAAUCCUCAGUGAGCUAGUGGUUAGCGUUGUAUACUGGACCAUCUGGGUCGUGGGUUCGAAACACACUGUCUUUCGUAUCAUUUUUUUUUUUUUUUUUUUUUACUUUUAAAUUGAAGAGACUUGCACUUUCAUGAACAUUUUCAGCUUGAAAUAUCAUCUAAGUGUGAUAUAAAAACAGAAAACAGUUCUACCUUGUGUAAAUUUCAUGAGGGAAGAAAGGGGCUACGGCCGAUGUGAUCUAAUGCUGACCAUAUUGUGAUAUUAGCAAUGUCACGUGGUUUCUCAGGGGGCAAACAAUGAAAAAAAUUUGCCAAUACGAGUAAUCGCGGUCGAGUUUGGUUAUUCUAUCAACUCGAGACGACGAUUUGAUAGUUAUUCAAAAUGUGCACUUCGAGUUUCGACAAGAGUUAAGUCAAUAUUACAUGCUGAAUGGACAUCUACGGUCGCUGUUGCUUCCAAAUAAAGUUACAAUAAACGCUUUUACUGAUAGCUUACCAUAAGUCUUCAAGAUUAAAAGUUCUUCAUUUUUUUUUGUCUAGAAUAAACAAACUCGACCGCGCUUUCUUGUAUUGGCAGAUUUCAUCACUUGUUUGCCCCAUGAGAAACCACGUUGCAUUGCUGUUAUCACGCCAUCAGUCCUUAAGUGCGUUCAAAGAUGGCGGGUAUUGCGAAUAAGGUCUAUUACUACGAAACGAAAUAAAGAACGGGGAUCGAAAUCUAUCAAUUACAACCUUUUAAAAAACGUGAAAAGCCCGUGUUUUCCGAGAGAUAGUCGAAGUGAUCAGAUGGACAGAAACGGAAAACAUAAACGUUGGUUAAAUUUUCGAGUUGAAGUCGCAUGUUUUUGGAGAGCGCGGCAAUGUUAGCGAAGAAAUUUCUCGUAAAUGACAAAUAAUUGCUUUGUGACAAACAAAUAUGCUUACGGAACGUUAUACUAAAAGUUUUAAAAGCGGAGAACAUCGUCCAAGGAUAACUUUUUUCCGGGAGGUUUUCUGUCAUCCAUGGACACGAUUACUCAUCCGGCAAUUGAAUUUUGUGCUUCCAGUAACUCAUUUUGUUCUUACGAGCUGACAUUGCCGAAACCCACUUUUUCGUAAUAUAUUGUUAUUUUAAGUUAUGAAUAUAUGAAAAUCAUAUAUGUGAACUGCAGAGUGAAGAAUUAUGUGAAGGAAGAUCACAAGAUCAUCGCAGUUAUAUACGCAACUUUUGCAGUUGCGACAAGAAAGCCUGAAAAAAAAUCCAGGCUUGUACGGGAUAUGAUUCGAAUCCUUGACCUCUGCGAACCGGUGCGGCGAUCUACCAAUUAAGCUAACAGCAACUGGAAGCAAGUCGUUGAAUUGGUUCGUUAUAAACCAGUGAAAGGAUGAUGACGAAGUUAUGAAUAUAUGAAAAUCAUACAUGUGAACUGCGGAGUGAAGAAUUAUGUAAAGGAAGAUUAUCGCAGUUAUAUUGUUGUUUUCUUGUAAUCCGAUUGGUCAACUUUGUCUAGGUAGCCCUAGCCUGCGUAGCAAGCGUUUCCGUUUGGUUUCGGAGCAAAAAAAGACCCUGGAAGGCCCUGGAAGGCCCUGGAAGGGGGUUUUCGGUUUUGAUCGCGCGAGAAAUGAAACCAGAACCAAAAAAUGAAAGAGAGGGAAGGGGGAGGGGAAGGAAAGAAACGCUUGCCUCGAAACACCCCUCGACUGUUUCAGGAUUUAGUUACUAUUAUCGAAAAACGUUUCGUAAGUUUAUUUGACAUUAUAAGAAAACUUUAUAAAUAAAUGUUUUUGUAACCACCAGACAAUUUGCAUUUUAUCUACAAGGCUCAUGUCCAAGUCUCUCGCUUAUUUCAAGGCUGUAACAUUUUGCUUGUUACAUUUCGCGUUAAAAAUAUUGUUUCAUUUUGCGUCAAAAAGUUGUUACAUUUCGCGUUAAAAAGUUGUAACAUUCUGCGUCAAAAGUUGUUACAUUUCGUGUUAACGUUACAUUUCUCGUCAAAAGUUGUUACAUUUCGCGUUAAUGUUACAUUUUGCGUCAAUUGUUACAUUUUGCGGCGUAACAACAUCAACUAUAGAGAACUGCAUUGCGACUCAGUCAAAAUUGCUGAUUGGUUCUCCACGCUAACUUCAUCAGCUGCCGGGUUAGCUUUGUUCUUAGAUGCUUUACAAGAGUACUCUAGUUGUCUGUUCCGUGGCGAGAAGGGUAAGCCAUUCUGACUGGCUGAGCUUUGACCUGCAUUGAUCGUUCGGAUUCAUUGAGAUUUCACCAUUAGCGCCGUCCACGCGUUCCAAAAUACAAAAAAUAUACAUUUUGGUUUCACACAGGCGCCUUCAAAGUUCAUUUCCGCUCCACAGAAGGACAAACAUUUUAUUGGUCAAUUACAACAGCUGCUGACAGCAUCAAAUGUCGGUGCGUGAACUCAGGCAUGACAGACCAAGGGGGCGGUUUUCAAAAUCGAGGGGUUUGUGUGCAAGGUUUUCCCUCCUUUCUUCCCCAACCCCUCCCCGCUCUUUCGCGCGGUCUUUGACUCUUGCUCCUCGUUGUUUGCUCCAAAACGAACGAUCCGAACGAUCAAUGCAGGUCAAAGCUCAGCGAGACAGAACGGCUUACCCUUCUCGUCACGGCACAGAUAACUACAGCCUCAGACAAAAAUAGUUGGGACACUUUAACCAAACGCUGUUCUUUCCCUUCUCGUGCUUCCCUCGUCCCUCUCAAAGUUGUCCAUCGCGCUUCGGUCACCAAACAUCUUGUACACCAACAUUGAGGGGACAAGGAGGUCCCAAAGUGUCCCAACCAUUUUGAUUGAGACUGUGUUUUAGAGGAAUUUUAGGUAUGUGACUCCUCGUUGGCUCUAGUGGGGGAAAUCGCUGGGCAGGUAUAUGCACGUUUCGGAGCCAUUUUUUCUGGAAAAACAUUAGAGAUUUCACGGAUCGAAAGAGAGAAGACAAUCAAUAGUGGAAAGAAGUCUUUGUUUCUUUAAUUACAACAUUCCAAGGUAUUAAAAACGCUUUCUACGUAUUGCGUUUAAAGAGUGAACAACGGAUGAGUCAAAACUGCGCGCAUCAUUUCGCAGGCUGUGUAUCUUGCCGCUAAUAUAUUGUACCGGUGGAGACACGAUUGGACGGGUCACCAUAACGGGUCACCAUACUAUCCAGAGCGUUUUCUAAGACCUCUCUGUUAUAUAUAAUGGAUUAAGAAAGAAAAGGAUAAGGUACUUUCACACUUAAUUGAAAUAACCAAGGUUUAUAGCGCCUUGAUCCAUGUAAGACAAGUCAUUAAAACUUUGAUCAUGGUGACACGAUUGUUCCCUGAAAGAAACUUAUAAAUAUCUUAAUUGAAUUAAUGUACGGUGACCCGUGUACACGUCGAGUAUAACGCUUUUUUUGAGGUUUUAAGGGCAGGUAGUGUCCUGGUUUGAUAUGAUUCAUGUUUUGUACCUCAAGUCUCACAUUUAUGGCACAGUAGUUUGUUUUAGAGCUAUUCAGGAAGGCGUAUAUUUGGGGUAAAGAAUGAGAACCGAUGUCACCAUUUGGCACAAGGUUAAAUUAACAUAUGUUGUAAACAACUUAUAAAAAGUUGUCGAUUUCACAGCAGUAGCCUGCUGGAAUAUCUUUAAGAAACUUUUUGGCGUCGGACCAAACAGUUACACUAUUGUUGGACACCCUUUUUACGCGCUUGUAGUCAAUAGUAUCUUUAGAAAUUUAGAAAGCGGGAUACUGUUCUCGCUGAUGCGUCUUGGGAAUAAUCCUGGCUUGCUGCAUUUUCCUCCAAACUGGAGGAAAAGUUUCCUCCUUUCUCUCGAAAUCGCUUUAUGGCUCUUUCAGCUGUCUUUCUCCUCUUGCCCUUAAGUUAGAAAGGCGUCCCUUUGAACCUUGUCCCUACACUCUUUCUUGGCAAAGAGGCCUUCUCUAUUAUUCGGCACACAUUUUUUCUAGAAAUGUGGCACAUUCGAGCGCCUCUCCGUACAUGGAAACCCUGAAUCUUACGUAGAUAGCAUGCACGUGCUAUAUUGUCACGCUCUCAAUCGGCCACUUGAAAGCUAUUUGUCUACGGUUUAGUGCACACUCCAUUCUUUUUAUUUUCCAAUACUCUACUCUGUCCAAGAAAUUUCUGCGAACUGGUCAUUCUUUGUGUUAUGUUGUUAUGCCCAAAUAAAUUAGUUCACUGCUAUAGAAACGUUCGCGAAACACAAUGGACGCCCAACUAACCAAAAGGCCGUCGCUUGUGACCGACCUACAGAUUAACCUCCGUAUCUGUCAACACGCUUUCAAUUUCCUCCCCGACACAGUCUCAGACAAAAAUAGUUGGGACACUUUAACCAAACGCUGUUUUUUCCCUUCUCGUGCUCCCCUCGUCCCUCUCAAAGUUGUCCAUCGCGGUUCGGUCACCAAACAUCUUGUACACCAACAUUGAGGGGACAAGGAGGUCCCAAAGUGUCCCAACCAUUUUGAUUGAGACUGUGUUUUAGAGGAAUUUUAGGUAUGUGACUCCUCGUUGGCUCUAGUGGGGGAAAUCGCUGGGCAGGUAUAUGCACGUUUCGGAGCCAUUUUUUCUGGAAAAACAUUAGAGAUUUCACGGAUCGAAAGAGAGAACACAAUCAAUAGUGGAAAGAAGUCUUUGUUUCUUUAAUUACAACAUUCCAAGGUAUUAAAAACGCUUUCUACGUAUUGCGUUUAAAGAGUGAACAACGGAUGAGUCAAAACUGCGCGCAUCAUUUCGCAGGCUGUGUAUCUUGCCGCUAAUAUAUUGUACCGGUGGAGACACGAUUGGACGGGUCACCAUAACGGGUCACCAUACUAUCCAGAGCGUUUUCUAAGACCUCUCUGUUAUAUAUAAUGGAUUAAGAAAGAAAAGGAUAAGGUACUUUCACACUUAAUUGAAAUAACCAAGGUUUAUAGCGCCUUGAUCCAUGUAAGACAAGUCAUUAAAACUUUGAUCAUGGUGACACGAUUGUUCCCUGAAAGAAACUUAUAAAUAUCUUAAUUGAAUUAAUGUACGGUGACCCGUGUACACGUCGAGUAUAACGCUUUUUUGAGGUUUUAAGGGCAGGUAGUGUCCUGGUUUGAUAUGAUUCAUGUUUUGUACCUCAAGUCUCACAUUUAUGGCACAGUAGUUUGUUUUAGAGCUAUUCAGGAAGGCGUAUAUUUGGGGUAAAGAAUGAGAACCGAUGUCACCAUUUGGCACAAGGUUAAAUUAACAUAUGUUGUAAACAACUUAUAAAAGUUGUCGAUUUCACAGCAGUAGCCUGCUGGAAUAUCUUUAAGAAACUUUUUGGCGUCGGACCAAACAGUUACACUAUUGUUGGACACCCUUUUACGCGCUUGUAGUCAAUAGUAUCUUUAGAAAUUUAGAAAGCGGGAUACUGUUCUCGCUGAUGCGUCUUGGGAAUAAUCCUGGCUUGCUGCAUUUUCCUCCAAACUGGAGGAAAAGUUUCCUCCUUUCUCUCGAAAUCGCUUUAUGGCUCUUUCAGCUGUCUUUCUCCUCUUGCCCUUAAGUUAGAAAGGCGUCCCUUUGAACCUUGUCCCUACACUCUUUCUUGGCAAAGAGGCCUUCUCUAUUAUUCGGCACACAUUUUUUCUAGAAAUGUGGCACAUUCGAGCGCCUCUCCGUACAUGGAAACCCUGAAUCUUACGUAGAUAGCAUGCACGUGCUAUAUUGUCACGCUCUCAAUCGGCCACUUGAAAGCUAUUUGUCUACGGUUUAGUGCACACUCCAUUCUUUUUAUUUUCCAAUACUCUACUCUGUCCAAGAAAUUUCUGCGAACUGGUCAUUCUUUGUGUUAUGUUGUUAUGCCCAAAUAAAUUAGUUCACUGCUAUAGAAACGUUCGCGAAACACAAUGGACGCCCAACUAACCAAAAGGCCGUCGCUUGUGACCGACCUACAGAUUAACCUCCGUAUCUGUCAACACGCUUUCAAUUUCCUCCCCGACACAGUCUCAGACAAAAAUAGUUGGGACACUUUAACCAAACGCUGUUUUUUCCCUUCUCGUGCUCCCCUCGUCCCUCUCAAAGUUGUUUAUCGCGGUUCGGUCACCAAAUCUUGUACACCAACAUUGAGGGGACAAGGAGAUCUUACAGUGUCCCAACCAUUUUGACUGAGACUGUAGAGUACUCUUGUAAAAGCAUCUAAGAACAAAGCUAACCCGGCAGCUGAUGACGUUAGCGUGGAGAACUAAUCAGCAAUUUUGUCUGAGUCGCAAUGCAGUUCUCUAUAGUUGAUGUAGCUUCAGUUUUGUUUUUUAUCUGUAAGUCACUAUCCGAGAGAAUUUAAUGUCCUGCAAAAAAAAAAACACGAACGAGCUGGGCCCAGCAUGACAAAACAUUGCAGGAAACCAUCGCAUUCCCAGACAAAAGAAAAUCGCUUUUAGUCAUUCAGAUCCAGGAGACACUUUGGAGAAUAAAUUAAACGACCUGAAACCCUUAUAUAGUCGCAAGAAGAGCUUUGCGUUUCAAAAGAAGUUAAAGAAAAUGCUCCUUCUUUGGAGGGUAAAUCUUGCCGACCAGAAUAAACAACAACCGCAGGAAAUAAGAUGCGUGUCACGUACCAUACAUCACCUCUCAGUAUGAAACAAUUGAAACCUUUGAUCGACACAUGUCAAUAUUGUUUGACUAGCCGAGCCAAUCAGGCGCUGCGUUCGCUGGCGAACGCAGGUUUUCAAAAUCGAGGGGUGUGUCUACAAGCGUUUCCUUCCUUUCCCUCCCCCUCCCCCCUCUUUCAUUUUUUGGUUCUCGUUUCAUUUCUCGCGCGAUCGAAACCGAAAAUCCCCUUCCACGGUAUUUUUUUGCUCCGAAACCAAACGGAAACGCUUGCUACGCAGGCUAAUGGUACUCAGUUUCAAAUUAAGAAUAACUGAUGAUUAAACUGAGAUGAGUCCUGGAAACUUUGAUAUUUUAUUUGAUGACGCCACAAUAACUUAUCAUAACCUUACUUCCUUACUUACCUUCUUGAUUUAGAACCAUUUUAUUUUCAACAUUCCAAAGAGCUAUAGGCUGAAUGUCAGAGGUUUUGACUUUAUAACCGUCGUAUCUUAAUUAACAGCAUUGAGUUUCAUCUAUGUGAAACGGAAGGUCGUUCAUAUGUAUUAUCAAUAAAUGGGGACUGUACCCUGUAUUGAUCCCUGUGCCGGGGGCUCCAGAUCGAGCAGAUGUCUUAAUUGAGGAAACUUCAUAUGACUUAAAAAUAUCUGUCGCCGCAGAAUAGAUUGCAGCUAAGUGGUUAGAAUUGGUGCCCACGCACGGAUAACACAAAGGUUUCGCGACGGGUCUUCUAAUUUCUCAUUGUAUUUAUGUUAGCCGUUAUUACAAAAUACCCUCUUACUUGUGUUAUGUUUUACUUCUUUUCUCAUUAGCUAUCAGGGUCGUUGUAUUCGUCUGCGGUAGCCUAUAUUUGCGUAAGACUGACGAAGAGAUAAUCUUUCAAACAAUAAACCGUGCGGUCAUGGAAAAGGACAAAGGAUUCGUAGCUUGGAUGAAGAAUGGGAGACUAGCGGUACACACUGAUGUCUUGGUGCAGCUUCUGAAUCCCGCCCAGGUCGUGUCGUUUGGGAUGCCACCGAGUGCUCUAGGACAAACCAAUAUCCCGUUACAUUCCUUUGAUCAACGACGUCACUUGGAACAGCCACCAGAAAGAAAACUGGGAUAUGGGUGGAAAAAUGAGAAGCUGCAGCAGCAACGAGAGUCCUUUCCUGUUACAAUUCCAACCGAUAAUACCAAGCAAAAUCGUUUGAUAGGAAAAUUGGUCUUUAAAAGCAAACUACGCUAUGGCCAUAUAUCACUCAAACCAAGAGAUGUUGAAUUUCUUAGCGAAGAAUUCCAGGAAAUCCCUGAAGACAUUAUUCAACAUCUUCUACAAAGACAUAAACACGUCCAAGAGACAAGGGUUAAAAUCAUGCUGGUCCCAAGUCAUAACCAGCAGUUAGUUUACGUCGGUGACGAAGGAAUAGAGAUGGCUGACAAUGACUUGCUAUUGUUAAAAACCCGUGUUAUCAAUGGUUUGGUAUCUUUUCAUGAGGAUGACAUUGAGGCUCGAUAUUCCACAGAUUUUCAAGUACCUACGCACAUACUUGAGAACCUGGAAAAGAAGGGAUCUAACGGCAGGCUCUUUAUUAUCUCUGACGAAAAAGGAAAUUUAAGAUGCCAUAUAAAGCUCGAAAAAAUGACUACAGUAGCUGGGAUAAGAAAUAAGGCUCUGGCUUUAUUUACGUCGAUUAUGACUACAAAAGAAUCAGCAAGUAAAACAAAAUUUGUUUAGUCAAACUCAAAAGACGGUGGCUUUGUCAAAGCUGUCAACAUUGAUUGUUUGCGGCGGAGUUUGACACUUGUCAAAAAGUUAGUCAAGGGAAUCUGAAACUAUUAUUUUUCAUUUGUUUAAUCCUAAGUGUGCUAAAGUUACGCAGACUUUACAAUGAAUCUUUGCAUAAUUAGAUUUUAAGGGGUGGAACGGAUGGUAAGGAGCGUUUCUUCUAUACAUCUUUAUUAUUUGUUGGUAGUAUUAAUACUCUAAGAAGAUGUGGCCGGUUGCGAACAAGUUCUUCUCCUACUCAUGGACAUUACUCGAUGGUCGCCUUCAACUCGCCUAGUUGGAAUGCACCAACCGAAAUUCAAACGAAGGGGCCCAACGUUACUGUGCCGGUCACAUAAAUGCAACAAACCCUUAUUUGCAAACGUUGGGCCUUUCUAGGUCAUUUCCCCGAUCUUUUUUUAUUUUAAACUCAGUGUAAACUGUACUGACAAUAUGGGCAUUAACUAUAAAUAAAAUUUAUCUAGAACUGUAAGAUUUGCGGCAGUUAAAAAGCGACUGCUAAAUUCCUUUUUCUUAGCAAACAGAGAUUAUAAACUUAACUUAGCCCAGUUAGUUCAAAAGUGAUGAAACUGAAGGAAAAGCCUUCGAGAUAACCACGGUCGUCUGGACCCGGCCAUAUCGAAUAAAUAAGGGCACGUUUAACUAACAGCUGGAGCAGUCAAGAACGCUUUGGAAAAUAGCUCGGCUAAAUAGACUUAAGUCAACACGUGAAGGCUUCGAUUCACUCACUGCAAUACCAUUGACCACUGUGAGUCUUAUGAGUUGUGUGACUACCAGGUCUGAGAUACGAUAUUCUGUAGACAUUGUAGAAAAAUGUUUUUGCAGGUUGACUAUCGUUUUCAACUGACGAAUUGGAAGAAAUGCAAAGCAGCUCCCAGCAGUUCAGCAUAUAUGUAUACAUAGUGAUAGCUUUAUUUUGGUUUGUCGAGUCGUGUUACGUUUCCUCGUAGCUUGCCAAUUAUUACAUAAUUUAUAUUACAUUGUCCAUUACACUGCCUCUUCUGAUAAUAACUACCGAAAUUGUAUCCUAGCACCUAUUGAAUCAUUGGUACCUAUCCGUUAUUAUUGAUAAAAUGUUGAGGGACACUAAUGGCCCCCUACUUAACUGUCCCAUUUUUGCUGGCAUUCGUUUAAUUCUUUUAUCAUUUUUCAAUCCAG